GCUCUUCGUCUUUCCACUGCGUUCUUGGGGCCGGUCGUAAGGUGCGGUGCUUUCUUUUGUGCAAUGUCUGCUUUCUGUUCUUGUGGGUGCACCGAGAAGUCGUUUCUUUGUCUACACGCCUUCGCUGUCUGACCAUCCAUAUUUGAGAAAAUCUGGAACGAGGAGAGCGAUUGGCUGCGAGAUUGCUUGUUUUGAUGGGCACCCACUCUUCCAAUGUGGAGAAAAUUCGAGAUAUACGGGGGGGAUGGAAGGGAGGAUCGAUUAUUGGAGGUGGGCUUGGGGAGUUGGGAUUGGGAAGUAUGUUAUUGAGAGAGAGGAUGCAUAUGUUGUAGAUUAUACUCCCCGAACGCGGCUUGUUGAGUGCCUUUCUGUUGUCGGAGGGCGUGUCCAAGUGGAUUUCGACAGAGUCGUUGUUGAUGUUACCAGAGCCGUGAAGUCUGUGGCGUAGAGGCCACAUGGCUGCAUUUCAUGAUUGCCCCUUGAGCAGCCGGUGUCUAGGAAGGUGGAGGCGAGCGUGGCAGGUCCAUGGCCUCCUGAAUUAAUGGAUUUCACAUUGCUUGAUUCUGCAUGCUUGUGGAAUCGACUGACUCAAGGAGGGAUGCAAUCAGAACCUGCUGGAUUUCACCUGAAGUCCCACUUAACUGUUGGACUAAGAACUCUUUUCACCUUGCAUCACUGAAGGAGACUUUGGGUUUUAGGUGGCUUUUGGGACCAAAUUAUCUUUGCUUGUACAGAAAUGUCAAGGACUGCGGAUGUAUAAUAACUGUCAAAUUAGGUAAUUUGUGAAAUGGCAGCCUGAAUAAGUGAAGAGAAGAUGUUGUAAAGUUGCUUUAUAACAUUCUAGGUGCAAAAGGAGUGUGGUUCUUUUGCUGGUUGUUUAAGGCUGGGUUCCAUUAUUGUGGUACUACUCAAAUGUAUAUUUAAUGGCCUUGUAUGGUCUGACUCGGAAGACUGUGGUAAAUGCAAUUCCAAAUGCCCUUUUUGUGAAGUCCAUUGAAUCCUGGAAGUGACAUCUAGGUUCAAGUCUCAGCAUCCUCUUGUUAUGUAUUUCUACAUCUGUGCUUGUGCCGCGACUUUCAAAUCUAGGGAGGAUCAUCGGAAGCAAUUGGAAUUGGAGGAAGCACGAAAAGCUGGCCUUGCUCCUGCCGAGGUUGAUGAAGAUGGGAAGGAAAUUAACCCUCACAUUCCCCAGUAUAUGUCUUCUGCACCUUGGUAUCUUAAUGCUGAGAGGCCUAGUUUGAAACAUCAAAGGAAAUGGAAAUCAGAUCCAAAUUACACGAAAUCCUGGUAUGACAGAGGUGCGAAAACAUUUCAAGCUGAUAAAUACCGGAAAGGAGCUUGUGAAAAUUGUGGGGCAAUGACGCAUAAUGCAAAGUCUUGCGUGGAGAGGCCCCGCCAAAAAGGAGCAAAAUGGACAAGCAUGCACAUUGCACCGGAUGAGAAGAUAGAGACAUUUGAACUGGAUUAUGAUGGAAAGCGAGACCGGUGGAAUGGGUACGAUGCAGCAACCUAUGCUCUUGUUAUUGAGAGAUAUGAAGCAAGAGAUGAAGCGCGAAAAAAGUACUUGAAAGAACAGCAGUUGAAAAAGUUGGAGGAGAAAAACAAGCAGAAUGGGGAAGGUGAGGUCAGCGAUGAAGAGGAUGAUGAGGACUUGAAGGUUGAUGAGGCCAAAGUUGAUGAAAGUAAGCAGAUGGACUUUGCCAAGGUUGAGAAGCGUGUCCGCACGACUGGUGGUGGUAGUACUGGAACUGUCAGAAAUUUGCGUAUUCGAGAGGAUACUGCUAAAUACCUUUUGAAUCUUGAUGUCAAUUCUGCAUACUAUGAUCCUAAAACCCGAUCAAUGCGUGAAGAUCCUCUCCCUGAUGCUGACCCGAAUGAAAAAUUUUAUGGCGGUGAUAACCAAUAUAGGAUGAGUGGACAAGCUUUGGACUUCAAGCAACUGAAUAUUCAUGCUUGGGAAGCAUCUGAGAAAGGCCAAGAUAUUCACAUGCAAGCUGCUCCAUCCCAAGCUGAAUUGCUUUAUAAGAACUAUAAGGUUAUCAAGGAGAAGUUGAAGUCGAAAAUGAAGGAUGCUAUCAUGGAGAAGUAUGGCAAUGCUGCUGCUGAAGAAGAAGUACCAAGGGAACUUCUUCUUGGACAAAGUGAACAGCAAGUUGAAUAUGAUCGUGCUGGAAGACUUAUAAAAGGAAUGGAGACGCCUCUUCCCAAAAGCAAGUAUGAAGAAGAUGUUUACAUCAACAAUCACACUAGUGUUUGGGGUUCAUGGUGGAAGAAUCACCAGUGGGGCUACAAAUGCUGUAAGCAAACAAUAAAGAAUAGUUAUUGCACAGGUGCAGCUGGAAUUGAGGCUGCUGAAGCAGCUGCGGAUUUGAUGAAAGCUAAUAUUGCUCGUAAAGCAGCCAAUGAAGAGACCCCUUCCCCAGCUAAAGAGGAAAGGCUUGCAACAUGGGGCACUGAUGUACCUGAUGACUUGGUCCUUGACAAGAAAAAACUUGCUGUAGCUCUUAAGAAGGAGGAUGAAAGAAAGAGAGAAGAGAAGGAUGAGAGAAAGAGGAGAUAUAAUGUCAGAUGGAAUGAUGAGGUUACGGCUGAGGAGAUGGAGGCGUAUCGGAUGAAGAAGAUACAUCUUGAUGACCCUAUGAAGGAUUUUCUGCAAUGACAUCUGUCCUUUUGGAGCUUUUGAAGCGAUGUAUAAUUCUUUUCUUUCUUCUUGAAAAGACAAGAUCAUCAUAUUGAUAUGAUGGAGAGCUGUGAAAACGCCUCUAUGUUGACCCCAGCUUUGACCCACCAAGGCAUAUCCUUCUGCAUAAAAAGGCUCUUCUCAUAUUUGCAGAAAGGCAUGUGAGAAAUCAUGAAAUCUUGCAGGCUACCGUUUCAUACCAAGAUGAGGAUUUUUUGUUAGAUGUGAAAAGAAGUGACUAUUGGAUAUGUAAAGAAGUUAUUAUUUACAUUAAAAUAAGUAAUGGUUUAUCAUGAAUGGUGGUAAUGGUGACGAUAAGGUAUUUAUUGUAAGAAAUGUGUUGAUUGGUUAUCUAUAAAUAGGACUAAAUCAUACAUUGUUCACUGUUCAUAAUAACAACCGUUUGAUAACA